AAAUUAUAUAUUCCCAUCCGGAAAAAGUCGUAUCUUGCGCCUAUCAUCGUCGUUGCACGCUUUUGCAAUAAAAAAUGAAAACAAAUCAAGAGGGGGAAGGCUAAGGUAGAGCCAAGAAACGAGACCAGUUGAAAUCCCAAACCCUCCUCCCUUCCAAGCUUCGCCUCUCCCUAGCUUCCCUUUACACACUUGGCUAGCUAGCUGCUCCCACUCUCUAUCUCCCUCAUGUCUUCUGGUGGUGGCGGAGGAGGAGGAGAUCGGCAUGGUCAUGGACUCUAUCACCAGCAGCAGCACGGCCACGGCCACCUGGGGGCGGACUACGAGUUCAGCAGCAACGACAUGGAGAGCUUCUUCUUCAGCCAGCCGGCCGCGGGCGACGUCGGCGGUGGAGAGAUCGCGCCCUACGCGAGCAUCACGGACUACCUGCAGGGGAUCUUGGACCCCAGUACUGGGAUAGCUCGGCACCUCGACGUGCCGUGCUCGUCUCCAGUCAAGCACGAGCUGUCGGUGGACGCCAGGAGCCACGAUCUCGACAGCCAGGGCGCAGCUGGGGCGCUGCUCACGCCCAACUCGUCUCUGUCUUUCUCGACUAGCGGCGGGGACGAUGGAGAGGGAAAGUCUCGCCGGUGUAAGAAGCAGGUCCUGGCCAAGGAUAAUGAGGAGGAGGAGGAAGAGGAGGGUGUGAAAGAUCUGCAGGACGAUGGGGAAAAUUCCAAGAAAGGGAACAACAAAGGCAAGAAGCAGAAAGCUGAGAAGAGGCAGCGGCUGCCUCGUGUCUCCUUCCUCACCAAGAGCGAGGUCGACCACCUCGAGGACGGCUACCGCUGGCGCAAGUACGGCCAGAAGGCCGUCAAGAACAGCCCAUACCCAAGGAGCUACUACCGGUGCACGACGCCCAAGUGCGGGGUGAAGAAGCGGGUGGAGCGGUCGUACCAGGACCCGUCGACGGUGAUCACCACGUACGAAGGGCAGCACACCCACCACAGCCCCGCCAGCCUCCGGGGAAGCGCCGCGCACCUCUUCAUGCCGCCGCCGCAACACCUCGGCCUCAUGGCGCCGCCGCUGUUCCGCACGGACCUGAUGAGCAUGAUGCAGCACAUGCAGUACCCCAACCCUAACAUGUACAUGCCGACAAGUAUACCUCCUCCUCCUCAUCCAACGGCAACCCCUCCUCCUCCUCUUCAGCAGCACCACUUUACUGACUACGCGCUAUUGCAAGACCUCUUCCCUUCCACAAUGCCCAACAACCCUUGACUAACUGACUUCUCUCUGCAUAUAUUUACUUAAUUAAUUAAUUAGCUAGCUAGCUAGCCCCUCUAGCAGAGAUGAUAUAUGCUGUUUCUGAAAACUUGGAGUUGCGCCAAAUGUGAUCGAUCGCCAAGGCCCAAGGGGUGAUGAUGUGAGGGUAUUGCUGACAUUAAUCAAUUUGCUGCAAACUUAAUUAAUUUCAUCUUGAAGUUGUGCAUGCUUGCAUUACUUCAUUCUCUUCCAUUUGCCAACUUCUACGGACGAAUUGUACAAGUUGAUGAAAGCUAGUAGUAGAACGGAGCUCCAUGCAACUUAAUUUAGCUCUUAUUGUUCUACAGCUAUAGACAUAUUGUACAUGUACUAGUGCAUCUCAUGUGUGUACCUCAUUGACUCAUUCGAAGAGAGGAAAAUAUUUCAUUCCCCUUCCGUUGCUAGCGA